AUGUCAGUGCCCGUCCCACCACCAGCAGUCGAGACUUUCCCGGCAGGCGUACGUCCUUUCGCUCAGCGUAAACAUCCAAAAACGAUCUGCAUGUUCGAUGUCGAUGGGACCUUAUCCUUGGCGAGACAAGAAGCAUCUCCUGCUAUGUUCGCUACUUUACAGAAAUUACGGGAGUACACCGCUGUCGCUUUCGUUGGUGGAAGUGAUUUGAGUAAGAUCUUAGAACAAGUUAGAAGUCUUAAUCUCUUUGAUUACGGAUUCGCCGAAAAUGGUCUUACAGCAUACAAGCUCGAACAACCCCUCGCUUCAGCAAGCUUCAUCAAACAUGUCGGAGAAGAAGAAUACAAGAAACUCGUCAACUGGAUUUUAAGAUAUUUGAGUGAAGUUGAUGUUCCCAUCAAGAGAGGUACUUUUAUCGAAUUCAGAAAUGGUAUGAUCAACGUUUCUCCUAUUGGAAGGAAUGCAUCAAUCCAAGAACGACUUGAUUUCCAAGAAUUUGACAAUGAACACCACAUUAGAGCCGAUAUGGUCACUAGACUUGAAGAAGAAUUCCUCCAUUUAGGUUUGAAUUUCGCUAUUGGUGGUCAAAUCAGUUUCGAUAUUUUCCCCAAAGGAUGGGAUAAAACUUAUUCUCUCACACAUGUUGAAAAAGACGGUUACGAUACCAUCCACUUCUUCGGUGAUAAAACAUACAAAGGUGGAAAUGAUUAUGAAAUCUUCUCUGAUCCAAGAGUCAUUGGACAUACAGUCACUUCACCAGAAGAUACAAUGAGACAACUUGAUGAGUUGUUUGAGGGUCUUGCUUAG